CACAGGCAACAGGUCGCCGGAGCGUCCCGGCCCCGUCCCGGCCCGUCCCGCCGCCCCGGCCCGGCCAUGCCGCUGCGGCUGGCGCUCUGCCUGCUCGCCCUCUGCAGCCCCGCCGCCGCGCACGGUGGGAUCUGCUGGCUGCAGCAGGGGAAGGAGGCCAAGUGCACCAUGAUCCUGAAGACAGGCGUGACAUGGGAGGAAUGCUGUGCCAACGGCAAUGUGGACGUGGCCUGGUCUAAUUACACCUACCCAGGCAACAAGAUCAGCCUACUGGGCUUCCUGGGGCUGGUGACCUGCCACCCCUGCAAAGAGAGCUGCGAGGGGGUGGUGUGUGGCCCCGACAAGGUCUGCAAGAUGAAGCACGGGCGUCCGCAGUGCGCCUGUGCCCCCGACUGCUCCAGCCUGCCCCGCAAGCUGCAGGUCUGCGGCUCCGACGGCUACACCUACCGAGACGAGUGCGACCUGCUGACGGCCAAGUGCAGAGACCACCCCGACCUCGAAGUGAUGUACCAGGGCAAAUGCAAAAAGUCCUGCUCCAGCGUGGUGUGCCCUGGCACCCACACCUGCGUGGUGGACCAGACCGGCAGCGCCCACUGCGUGAUGUGCCGGACGGCUCCCUGCCCUGAGCCCACCAGCCUGGACCGUGCCCUCUGCGGCAACAACAACAUCACCUACCCCUCAGCGUGCCACCUCCGGCGGGCCACCUGCCACCGCGGCCGCUCCAUCGGUGUGCGCCACUACGGGAGCUGCUCAGCUGCGGCCAGAUUCUCCCCGGAGAUGGACAACGUGGAAGAGAACUAUGUGUGAAUCCUCCCUCGCCAUGAGGCCGGACCCAGGAGACAGGGGCAUUAUGUGUAUAUUGUACAAACCAUAUACCCAAUAUUUAUUAAGAUAAAAAGAUCCUUAUUUA